CAAUUCAGUCCAUAUCAUAUCUGUGCUCAAAAGUUCAACCCAGCUAUUCUUUCAAACCUUCAACCUCAAAAACUCAAUCUUUCUUCCUUAUUUUUCUGCCAUUCCAAAAUUUCUACAUUCAGAAAAUUCCAGAAGAAAAAAAAACGAAGCAAAAAAAAACUAACCCCUUUAACCCAGAAAACCCAGAAAUUUGAACUCUUAAAUGUUGAUCAAACAAUAAUUACCAGCUAAAAAAGAAUGGAAAAAUCGAAUUCUCGGGAAAUGCAAUGUGUAGGAAAGAUGGAAAUUGCAAGUCCCAAAACAGUGGGAUUUCUAUGUGGUUCAAUUCCUGUACCUACUGAUAAAUCUUUCCACUCUUUCAGUUCUGCACUUGUUCCUUCUUCACAAACGGUGAGUGCACCAAGGUAUCGGAUGUUGCCGACGGAAACUGAUCUUAAUAGUCCUCCGUUGCCGAAGACGAGUGUUCCUGAUGUGAAGCCAUCUACACCUACUGAAGGUUUACCCUGGGAUGAUGAUAUUGUUCCAUCUAAUCUAGUCAGGAAGGGUGAAACACUUGCUGUAUCCGGUUUGGUGGAGUAUGAUGAUGAGAUAGAUAUCAUUGCUCCUGCUGAUAUCCUGAAGCAGAUUUUUAAGAUACCUUAUACGAAGGCUCGAUUAUCAAUUGCAGUUCAUCGUGUUGGGAAAACUCUUAUCCUGAAUGCUGGGCCUGAUGUAGAAGAGGGAGAAAGAUUUGUAAGGAGAAACCAGCCAAAUUGCUCAGACGAAUCACUCUUCCUCAAUUUCGCAAUGCAUUCAGUUCGAAUGGAGGCUUGUGAUUGCCCACCUAAUCAUUCUGCCAAUGCAGAAGGACAACCUGAAUCGUCUGUUCUUCCGGAGCCAUCUGAUUCAAGAAGUACCUCCUCCAAAUCUUCUGAAUAUCAGUCUCAUAAUAUCUCUGCGGAAGAAGGAAGUGAUGGACAUUCUGAAUAUUCAAGAAUCAAACAGGACGACCUGUACUGGGAAAGUAAGAAGAACAAGAAAAGCAAGGCGUGUCAUCCUGUAAAAAAGGCUUCUCAUAUUGGUGAAAAGGCCAGAUGCCCUGUGCAGGGAUCUGAAAAGUAUAGAAGAUGUGGCAAUGAUGAGUUUCUGAGAGUCCUGUUUUGGCAGUUCCACAACUUCCGUGUUAUGCUUGGCAGUGAUUUGCUCCUAUUUAGUAAUGAAAAAUAUGUAUCUGUGAGCUUGCAUUUAUGGGAUGUCUCUAGACAGGUCUCACCAAUAACAUGGCUUGAAGCCUGGUUGGAUAAUGUUAUGGCAAGUGUUCCAGAGUUAGCCAUCUGUUAUCAUAGAAAUGGUGUUGUUAAAGGUUAUGAGCUUUUGAAAACAGAUGACAUAUUUCUUCUGAAAGGCGUCUCUGAUGAUGGCACUCCAGCAUUUCAUCCAUAUGUUGUUCAGCAAAAUGGUCUUUCAGUUUUGAGGUUUCUUCAGGCGAACUGCAAACAAGAUCCCGGUGCUUAUUGGCUAUAUAAAAAUGCUGGAGAAGGUGUGAUUCAACUUUUUGAUCUUUCUGUCAUCCCCCAAAGCCAUCCUCCUGAGACUGACAGUGGUUGCUCAAGCUCUUUGCCAUCUUUUAUCCACAGAGGAAGAUCUGACUCUUUAUUGUCGCUUGGAACUCUCCUUUACCGUAUUGCUCAUAGGCUCUCACUUUCCUUGGCUCCCAAGAAUAGGUUCAGGUGUGCUCAGUUUGUUCGAAAAUGUUUGGAGCUGUUGGAUGAACCUGAUCAUUUGGUCGUCCGUGCAUUUGCGCAUGAACAAUUUGCAAGGCUUAUUUUAAAUAGCGAUGAAGAGCUUGACUUAGCUGCAGAAGUUUUCCCCCUUGCAUCGGAAGUGAUAGUCACUGAUCAAGAAGAAGAGUCCUUGGACAUUGUUAGCAUUAUAUCCGAAUCUAGUAUCCAGGAGUCGUCGAAUAGUGAUCUUUACAACACUCAGGAUUCAAUUUCUGAGGCUUCUUUAGGAGAUAUUCAGGAUAUAAAUAUCUCUGACACUAAUGGUUUCAGUGCAUCUGAUCUUGUGGAUGCUAAGAGUUCUGGGUUUCUGCAGCAUCAUCGAGCAGAUGAAGGCCAGGCAGUACAAAGUGUGACCUCAACUCCUGCAGAUGUGAUUCGGACCAUUUCUGAUCCAAUCUCCUCGAAGCUUGCUGCUGUACAUCAUGUUUCUCAAGCUAUCAAGUCACUGAGAUGGACUCGGCAACUGCAGGGUUCUGAGUCAGAGUUUGUUGAUGAUGAAACUAUGCAACACCCAGUUCUAUCUGAAAAUUUUAUGGUUUGCGCUUGUGGAGAUACCGACUGCAUUGAAGUUUGUGACAUUCGGGAAUGGCUCCCCACAUCGAAGCUUGACCACAAGCUGUGGAAACUAAUUCUUUUGCUUGGAGAAUCUUAUUUGGCCCUGGGACAAGCGUAUAAAGAGGAUGGACAGUUGCUACAAGCCUUAAAAGUAGUUGAAGUUGCAUGUUCUGUUUAUGGGUCAGUGCCUCAAUAUCUCCAAGAUGCGAAAUUUAUUUCCUCCAUGGGUAAUGGUCCAGCCUGGCAGAACCCAGCCAACAAUAGAGAAGAACAGGGUCCUUUAAUCAGUGAUGAAAAGCGACCAUACAAGACUUCUUAUGACGACCAUAUUAGUCCGGAGGAUUUUUCUUCAACCUACCUUUUUUGGGCUAAGGCUUGGACGUUAGUUGGGGAUGUUUAUGUUGAGUUCCUUACUGUACAAGGAAAAGAGACCUCUCCACCAUCAACCCAAACACAUUCUAAUCAGGAGUUAAGAGUGUCAUCGGAAGUUGUGAAGGAACUUGUACGGCUUAAGAAGAAGCUGAGUCAGGAUGUAGAAAAUUGCAGCACAUGCUCCCUGGUAAACUGCAGCUGUCAGAAUGAUAGGGCCAGCAGUGGCAUCAGUGCCAGUAGCAGCAGUGGAGGCACUACCCCAGUUAUUCAUGGCAGAAGACAGAGUAAGAGAUCAAGUUUGAGAAAUGUAGCCUCGUCUGUCUCUGUAAAUCCAGACAAUAGAGAUUUGGGUAGGAGUUUUGUUGUAACGAAGGAUAAAAUACACGGUGACACAACUAUAGGAAACCAUAACACGAGUAUAGAUGGCGAAGGGGAACAGUCUUUGUCUUCCACUUCCUGUAACAAUGACCAUGAGGAAAAAACAUUAGCUUCUGCUACCAUGGAAGGCUCAAGGGACACCUUAGACAAUGCUGAUACUGGUCCUUCUUUUGACAUUGCAAUUGAAACCACAUCUGGAGAAUCACCUAAAAUCAGAAAUGGUGGAAUAUUUAAGUACCUUCAAGGUCCUGGAAGCACAGAUACAGAUAACAUCCUUUCAUUGACAUUAAUCUGUUAUGAAUCAGCUAAUAAGGCUUUGGGAGAGCUUUCUACUGGUUCCCAUGAGUUGCAGUCUGUACUUAAGAAGAUAGGGUGGGUCUGCAAUGAACUCGGAAGAUAUAGGCUUGAAGGAAAGAAUCUGGCUAAAGCUGAAGCUGCUUUUGCUAAGGCAAUCGAUGCUUUCAGAGAGGUUUCUGAUCAUACCAAUAUUAUACUAAUUAAGUGUAAUUUGGGUCAUGGUAGGCGAGCAUUGGCAGAGGAAUUGGUAUCAAAGAUGCAGUAUUUGAAAUCGAAAUCUAUCCUCCGUGAUGCAUACAUGCAAGCCUUGGACGCUGCAAAAGUGGAAUAUGGCAAGUCACUUCGAUAUUACGGAGCUGCGAAGUCUGAACUAAGCAACAUCACUGGUGAAGCAGAUGAUUUGUUAACAGACCUGCGAAAUGAAGCAUAUACUCAGUUUGCUCAUACAUACUUAAGGCUUGGUAUGUUACUCGGAAGAGAGGAUACAGUUGCAAAUAUUUAUAUAAAUGGUUCUCUGGAAGACAAACCAAAGGGUUCUCAAGGCCUUUGUGACAAAAGAACAAAGAAGGGACAUAAGAAGAGUGAGAUUUCAGCCAAUGAUGCCAUUAGAGAAGCUUUGUCCAUUUAUGAAUCUUUGGGUGAGUUACGGAAACAGGAAGCUGCAUAUGCUUAUUUCCAGUUAGCUUGCUAUCAGAGGGACUGCUGCUUGAAGUUUUCAAAUUUAAGCCGUAGCAGCAGUAAUCAGUUAAAAAGUGAAAAUGGCAUGCUCCAAAGGGUAAAGCAGUAUCUUUCCUUAGCUGAGAGGAACUGGCAAAAGGCAGGGGAGUUCUACAGUGCAAAUACGCAUCCCAUCAUGUAUAUGACCAUUUUAAUUGAGAGAGCUGCUCUCUUGUCAAGUCUCUCUAGUGUUUAUCACUCACAUUCGAUGUUAGAAACUGCCUUGACUUGUCUGCUUGAAGGACGCCAUGUCUCAGAAAAGUUGCAUUCAGAAUCUUCUACAAAUGGCGCGUCUGAUGUUUCUGCUAAAUUUUGGAGUCAAUUGCAGAUGCUAUUGAAGAAGAUGUUGGCUUCUUCUCUGUUAGCAGGUCCCAACAAAACAGCUGUUGCUUCACAAGCAACUUCAUCAGCGAAGAGGUAUGGAGACGCUGAGAAACUGAAAGAGCUUUAUAAGUUAUCCCUGAAAUCCCCAGAUUUUUGCCAAUUGCAGUAUAUGAACAACAUAUGGGCUGGAACCGUAGUACAGGAUCAUAAAACCAACUUAACUGGCAGUGAUAAAGUUACCGAAGGAUCAGAAUGAAAGCAUGAUUGUGGCACAUUGUAUUUAUAUCUCACAUCAUGAUACUCUCUAAAAACUAGUUGCUUGGGAGAAAACAACAGCAUCCAACUCCCUGACAUGGCUCGAAGUAUGUGCAGUUUGUAGUAUUGUACCGCCUUUGGCGAAAGCUGUUUGUAUCUUGUUCUACUGGUGAAAUUGCUGCUGCCUUUUUGUCUGCUGCACUGGGAGGCUUGUACAUAAUAGCGCAAAUGUUGCAAACUAAUUUCGUGACGAACCAUUGUAAGUAUGUGCACAAAAAGUACUAUAGGAAAGUAGCAUCUAGUAGUUGUAGUUGUUCAAGGGUUAAUCAAUUUAAGUGCAUACUGGUUUAUGUUCAAUUGGUUAAAUUUCUUGAGCAACUGAAAAGAAAUGAUAGUUUGUGUAAAUGACUUGAUAUGCUCAAAGUCAUCUGAAUUUGAGUUCAAAUGGAACGUUUUUUUUUCCCUUUUUCA